AUGAAGCACUCUGUCGUCCUCGUCGCUUUCGCCGGGCUCGCCAUCGCACUGCCUCAGCCGCUUGAUGAGUCGACAAAGAGCCCCUUGAUACAGAAACGAGCCGACUCCCAGAAAUGUGCACAAGAAAACCCUACACCGGAAGCUUGUGGCAACCAAGAUUUUUGCUUCCUGUCCACCAAAAACACAGGCAAACCUUGGGAGCAUGAAGACCGUUACAAUGACUGCAUGAAGCAGUUCCAGGGUGCCAGUCAGUCGGCCUCUCAGCCACCAGCCACUCAGGCGGCCUCGCAACCGCCAGUCGCUCAGGCGGCCUCUCCACCUCAAGCCGAUCAGGGGGCCUCUGCCCCGUCCCAGAAAAAGCCCUGGGUGAAGGGAGACCAAGUUGACUACAUGGGCUUAUGCAGCCAGCAGGGUAGAACCGAGAAGCUCUGCGGCGGCACCAAGGGGUACUGUCGACUUCAAGACGUGUUCAAAAACAAGCCCGAGGAAUUUACCGACGGCUUUUACGGGAGUGAAAAGGCUUGCCUGGAAGCCCACGAGGCUGAUCCUAAUCCAACUGUCCAGUCAGACAAGCCACAGAAGCCGGAUCACUCCAAUGCGGAGUGCAGGGCAGAGGCGAAGAUGUGCAAUCCCAUGCAAGCCGUCACCAGGAGUGUAUGA